UGCAGCGCCCCUAGAGGACAGUGGACCACACAGAUACAGUGGAACACACUAUCCUAAUUGACCGCCUCCGGCACGGGGUUGGUAUUGAUGGCACUGCCCCGAGCUGGUUCGUCUCCUACCUCAAAGAUAGGAGUUUCUCUACAAACAUAGGCAACUCUUUCACGUCCCGAGCUAGCCUUUGCUGCGAGGUUCCACAAGGCUCCAUCCUAGGCCCCAUUCUCUUCUCCCUGUAUAUGCUCCCCUUAGGCCAAGUCAUUCAAAGGCACGGCAUUUCCUUCCACUACUAUGCAGACGAUAGACAGCUCUAUCUCCCCCUGAAACCCAACAACCGAUCAAAUCUACUCAGCCUUAUGCACUGCCUCGAGGAUAUAAAGUGUUGGUUGGCCCAGAACUUCCUCCAAUUAAACAAGAGCAAGUCUGAGGUCAUCCUACUCGGUCCCUCGGACUCCAUCUAAACUAUAGCAGGCAGCCUUGAAAGCCUUACCCCCUUACUUAUUAAACCUCACGUCAAAAACCUUGGCGUGAUAUUUGACUCCGCGUUGAAGUUUGACAAACAAGUCAAAGCCGUGGUAAAAGCUAGCUUCUUCCAGCUUUGCACGAUAGCUAAAAUAAAACCAUUCCUCCAAUUUGACGACCUCGAAAAGAGCAUCCACUCAUUUAUCUCCUCCCGCCUUGAUUACUGCAACUCCCUUUACACUGGCAUCAGCCAAUCAUCCCUAUCCUGCCUGCAAUUGAUCCAAAACGCCGCAGCGAGACUUCUGACGGGCACACCAAAAAGGGACCACAUCACCCCGAUUCUGGCCUCCACUGGCUCCCAGUGCGGUUCAGAAUCAAUUUCAAGCUCCUCUUUUAUGUAUACAAAGCCCUUAACAGGCCCCCACCCACAUCAGAAAUCUGCUAACCAACCAUACUACCUCCAGGUCCCUCAGGUCGGCCGACUUGGGGUUACUGACCAUCCCGCGGUCCAGGCAUAAGCUCAGGGGCGACUGCGCUUUUGCGGUUGCAGCACCUAGACUAUGGAUCAGCAUCCCUCUUUCCAUCAGAACUGCGCCCUCCAUCAACUCUUUUAAGUCUAGACUUAAAAGUUAUUUCUACUCGCAAGAGUUUCUUGAGGUCCUCUGAGGGAGAGCUGUAUGUAUGUAUUUAUAUAUGUAUUGUUAGAUCUAUGUACCACUGUUUGUAGCACGUUAGUACCUGCACUGAUGUAAAGCACUUUGGUCAAUGAGAGUUGUUUUUAAAUGUGCUAUAGAAAUAAAAUUGACUUGACUUGACAGUUCCUCAAGCUUGCAAUGGCCCUCACAGUGACAGUACAGGAAGCCACAAUCCGAUAGAUCAGGGAGGGGUGUGUUGAGGAAUUAAAGUGAAAAGCAAUGGAAAGCUCAGGAUGGCCCCAUGUGCUCUUGCUUUCUCCAAUGUAGAGGAGACUGCGAUGCAGUUACUAAAUGUAGUACAGUAGAUUGAAAGCAGUGGAAGUGAAUCACUCGGUGCUGCAUCGCCUGUAUUUGAAGGGGGAAAUGCGUUAAGAAGGUGGGUGGUUGGUGGGAAAGAAAGAGGGGGUGAGGGGAACACUUCCUGCAAAAUGCUGGAAGGCACGAAGAGAAAAAGUUGUGUUUGAUGAUGGGAUCUAUUUGAAGGUGAUGGAAAUUGUGGAGAAUGAUCUGUUGAAUAUGGGGGCACUUGUGGGCUGGUAUGUGAGGACUUGUGAACUCUAUCCUUCUCCUGUUCCAGAGGAGAGGAGUUGAAAGCAGAGGCAUGGGAAAUGGAUGAAAUGUGAUCAAUGACUUUGUUAGCAAUGGUAGAGAAGAAUCCGCACUUUAGGAUGAAGGAAGACAUUUCAGAAAUAUCAGAAUGUCUAAUCAUCAGAGUAAAUGUACUGGAGAUUCGGGUACUGGGAGAGUGAACUAGAGUCCUUCCAGACAGCAGUGUGGGCCGAAAAGUAGGUGAGAUAGCUGUGGGAAUUGGUAAGCUAAUAAUGGAUAUUUGUAGUUAGCAUAUCUCCUGAGAUGGAAACUGAGAAUCAGGGAUUUAGUAGAAUGAUGUCACCCUCUCCAACGCCUGGCGCCCACCUGUAUCUAAGGUCAUCAGUACGGAUGUCAGCUCAGGCUUCCUGAGAGAGAACCCAUGAAGAGUGACCCAGCUGGCAGGUGUAUUCACAAACAUCUUUAACCUCUCAUGUUUUAAGGAUGAAUUCUCGAUCUUCCAACUUACCUUGUUGUGACCCUUGCAGUCUUUUUUUCCACCUGUACUUUCUCUGCAGCUGUUACAUGAUAUUCUGCACUCUGUUUAUUUUCUCUUUUGCACUGCCUGGUGUACUCGUAAAUGACAUGAUAGCACGUUAAACAACAUUUUUUUCACUGUAUCUCGGUACGUGACAAUAAUAAACCAGUACCAAUACCAUAAUCAAUUGGACCAUGUUAAUGAUGAGAGCAGGUUGGAAAUUGACAGCAACAGUAAUGGGAUUAUUUGAAUUCUGCAUGAGGCAGCACUAAUGUGGUCUUUGAUUUACACGAAAAGGAGUGGGCCCAUGCAGGAUUAAAGCAAAGUCCCACAUAGCCCACAAAAGACAAGCAUUGCCCACAGCCACACUUUUGAUCUGGACAAAGUAAAUAGAGUUGAAGGAGAAGCUGGUCAAUGAGAGAGCUGGCUUCUGUAUUACUUGCAUAAACUUUAAUCGAAAAAUGUUCUAUUUAAUGCAGUUUUAAUCAUUAAGCCUGGAAACUCGAGACGCCUCCAGUUUUACAUUAACACAUUAUUCCAAUCAUACAAAAAUUCAAGGAUUUUGCAAUACUAAAUUGAACUGUACCUCUGUCACUUUUACUUCCAGUUCUGUUUUUCUUCCAGUUUUGCCUCUGUGACACAUUUUAGUUUAGUUUAGUUUAGAGACUUUAUUCUGCAAAUGAUUUCAGAAAUUGUAGAAAUUGUAGAAAUUACGAAAACAGGUGUUCAUAUUUUUGACAAUGUGUCCAAUUUAUUUGGCUCUCGGUUCUGUACAAUAAGCCACAAAAAAUUAAAUACAAAAAUAUUGCAGAAACUAAUUCACAUUACAUUAGCAAUAGUUUCAGUCCAGUGGUUUUUACAGAUUUUUUUAUGUUGCAAACUGUUGGAAACGUGUCAUUUCCUGUCUGAAAUAUGAAGCCACAGACGGACUGUUUUGCAGCAGUUUGUAGCUGCUGUUAUGGAGAAUUAGUUCAAGUCGGUAACUGGGCUGUUCUAAAUGGAUUUCACCUAAGAAAUACGUACGUGUUCCAAUGUGGGAGUAGAAGAAAAUCUGAGAGAGUAACUCAUUAUGUCGAACACCACGUCCUUCAUCGCUUGGAUUUCUAUUUUUAAAGUAGGUUGCAGUUUGUGUUUUCCUGCAGAAAACAACAUUGUGAUAAACAAUUCAUCUUCUUCACUGAUAGUAGUUCCAAGCAACUUACGAAAACAGACUGAAAUACUGGAUUUAUCACAAAACAACAUCAGUAAGAUCCAUAUCCAGGACUUUGCUUCUCUUCAAUGGUUGAGAAGUUUAAACCUGUCCAUCAAUAGGAUCAGCAAUGUAGCGAAUGCAUCCUUCAGGUUUAAUCGAAAGCUGGAGUGUUUAGACCUUUCCAGGAAUGAACUUUCAAACAUUGAAUGCCAUUUUUUGAAUAAUAUUACAUCUCUCAAAUAUUUUGAUAUUUCUUCUAAUCGUUUUCUGAGCCUAACACUUGGGAAAGCAUUUGGGUUCUUGAACAAUCUGGAAUAUUUAGGGCUAGGCAGUAGGGAAGCAAUACAGUUACAAAAAAAUGAUCUGAAAGACAUAUCAAGGAACCAGUUGCAAGAGGUUUCAAUUGGAUUAAAAUAUUUAUCAGAAUAUGAGUUGGGUACUUUACUGGUUUUGAGAACAACAAAACUCCACAUAGUUUUGCCAUCUGCUGGCACAGCAGCUUUACUUAACAAAGUGUUGCAUGAUGCCUUCACAUCUGCUGAUACUUUGAAAUUAUCAAACAUUGAUUGCUCACAAACAUGCGACAAUUAUAUAAAUGUCUUUAAAGCACUGGGAAAUGUAAGGAUUAGCACGUUGUUGUUGGAAGAUCUAACACUGUCAUGGCUACAAUUCACCAGCAUAAUUGUGCCUAUUUGGGAUACAAGGAUUAAAAAUCUAAGCAUUAUAAAUGCAACAUUGAAUAGUAUAAGAUCUUCUGUAAUUCAGCACUCAGACAGAGUACUGGAAACACUGAUUUUCAGAAGAAUUAGAAGCUCUGCAUUCUACUUCAACCCACCAGUUUAUUACGACUUCUUUAUCAAAUUAAAGGUUGUAAAUCUUACCAUUUCUAAUUCAGGCAUGAAAUUCAUUGCUUGUCCAGAGCAAGGAAAUCAUUUUAAGUUCAUAGACCUUACAGAUAAUUCAAUUACCAGUGAUUUUUUUUUUCAAGAUUGCAAAUCCCUGAAUUUGUUGGAGACUCUUAUUUUGCAGCAGAACGAGUUGCAUCAAUUUUACAAAUUGAGUACCAUGACGCGAUAUAUGAAAUCGCUUAAAAAUUUGGAUGCGAGUCAAAACCAACUUACUCUUGAUGAGAAGACAAAUUGUCUUUGGACUAACAGCUUGAAAAAACUGAACCUGUCUUCAAACAGACUGACAGAUUUGAUUUUUACAUGUUUACCCAGUAACCUCGAAGUCCUUGAUGUGGAGAAAAAUAAUAUUUAUAUUGUGCCCCAAGGGGUAAACAACCUGGAAAUGCUGAGGGAAUUAUACCUUGGCUCUAAUAAACUGGUUAGACUUCCUGAAUGCAGCAACUUUAGAAAUCUUGAGAUUUUGUACGUCGAAGGAAACUCAUAUCAAGAACCUUCCAGUAAUUUCCUUCAAUCUUGUUCAAGGCUGACAAAACUAAAUGCUGCCUCAAAUCCAUUUGAAUGUACCUGUGAUCUAAGAGAUUUCAGCCGGAUUAAGGAAAAUACCCAAGUAGAGUUGGUGGGUUGGCCGGAGUCAUAUCAGUGCAUCUACCCAGUGAAUCUCAGAGGAACUCUUUUGAAAGAUUUUUAUUUAUCAGAAGUGAUGUGCAACCCAGUUCUCUUAAUGCUGAUUAUACUGGGUAGCAUGGUUGUAUUAGCAGUUGUAAUGGGAUUGACAUGUCAUUUUUUGGAUUUGCCUUGGUAUUUGAGGAUGAUUUAUCAAUGGACGCAGGUGAAACGAAGGGUGAUGAAGACUGACCGCCAGCAAUUACAUGAAAAUUGUGUCUAUGAUGCUUUUGUGUCCUAUAGUGACCAGGAUUCUGGGUGGGUUAAAGAACAACUAUUGCCAAACCUGGAAGAGAGAGAAAACCCAUUUCGGAUCUGUCUCCAUGAAAGACAUUUUAUUCCCGGCAAAGGCAUUAUUCAAAAUAUAAUCAGUUGUAUAGAGAAGAGUUACAAGUCAAUAUUUAUUUUAUCACCCAACUUUGUUCAGAGCGAAUGGUGUCAUUAUGAACUUUAUUUUGCCCAGCACCGGGUACUAAGUGAACAGUCUAACAACUUGAUAUUGGUUGUUUUAGAACCAAUCCCUCAAUACAUGAUCCCAUCCAAAUAUUAUAAACUAAAAUCACUUAUGGCAAAGAAGACAUACUUAGAAUGGCCUGUGGACAAAAGCAAACAGAGACUAUUCUGGUCCACUUUACAGGCAGCAAUAGGAAUAAAUAUAACAACUGAAACUGAGGAAACGUUACUGUGAAUAUAUUGAGCAAUUGUAUUCCAAGCAACAUCUUAAGAAUUUUCAUUGUCCUCUAUUAUUCUCUUAUGUAAGAAUGCUGUUCAUCGAUUACAGCUCAGCAUUCAACACCAUUAUUCCAUCAAAACUGAUCACCAAACUCGGUAACCUGGGCAUCGACCCCUCCCUCUGCAACUGGAUACUGGACUUUCUAACCAACAGACCCCAGUCUGUGAGGUUAGACAAGCACACCUCUUCAACCCUCACCCUGAACACCGGCGUUCCUCAGGGCUGUGUGCUGAGCCCCCUCCUCUACUCCCUCUUCACCUAUGACUGCACACCUGUACAUGGUACUAACACCAUCAUCAAG